AUGAAAUGGGUGAACGCUCUAGACAAGGCCAAUAAGCGAGAUGCCUUUGCCUGGCCCCACUCGACCAGAGCUGGGAUGAACUAUUUUCGAUUGGAUGACCAUGUGUGGAUCUGGAAUGCCAUCAAAGCCAUAAGCAUCAUUCUUGGAUGGGACACGAUGGCCAAAGGAAAUUUCAAGAGUCGAGAAAAAGUGGAUAAGGAUUCAUGGCAAUAUCAGCGGAACGAGCUCAUGCGAAGAUAUGAGCCUGAGAAGAUGAAGCGAGAGAUCUUACAACGUUUUACAACUGUACACGACGUCUCCAAAGAGCGAAUUCUCGCGGUUACCCGGUCCCCUCGAGAAACACGAUUCGAGUUUCACUCGCGAGACACGGCAUUAUUUUACCCGAUUGUGGAUACUAUGCUUGGUCAAGGGGAGGAGCGAUGGUUGGGCUUGAUUAAACUCCAAAAAAGAUUCACCCGUACUCAGGAUACUGAUCCAGACAAUUUGUUACGGCACGGGCUUGGGAUGCUCAUGGAAAAUACCUGGGCCACGGAUUCAACUAUGAGGACUGACUUUCUCGAAACAAAACGCGCACUCAUCACAACCACGCUCACCAAUGGUCUCUUUCCAGCGCAGAUUACAGGCUUGGGGGAAUCCGAACGUGUUAGCUACCACGAGGAUUAUUUGUUACAUGUCUCUUUUGAAAUGCCCUACAUUCUUCACGCAACACGUCCUCAAGAGGGCCCAUUUCAGCAAGCCACUCAAGAAGGUCUGACGAAGAAUAGGCUGUAUGAGGAAGGGCCUGUCAAGCAUACCAGCAUCCUAGACGGCACGAUCCCCUUUAAUGACCAAAUUGAUGUCAAAAGCAUCAUAGAUAUCAGAGAAGAGUGGCUCUAUAAUUCUCCAUCUUUCCUCGAUUGGAGUCCUUUGAAUGGCAAUCACAUCCCUUUGAGCUUGCUUGACCUCGGAGUAAAACGCGUGAGAUGGAUAAUGAGGGCGCUUCUGAAAGCAUACGGUGAUGAGACAAGCGAAGAAAUAAAUGAAGAGAGUGAAGAGGAUAGUGGCGAUGACGACGACAUUAUGGUUGAUGCCGCUGGUGUGAGAUCCAUUUCGAAUCCUGGAGAAUAUCAGCCACUGGAUAUCCAGCCGGAUGGUCAUAAGCAUUUGAUGAUCGACAUUGGGAAAAAGAGACCUCGGAUGAGAAAGACAUCCUGCUCUGACGAGCGGGAGUCCAGAACCCACACUUAUGUCAAGUCAUGGGAAAAGCUACUCCAAGUCCGAACAGCCCACAGUGCAAAGAAAAGGUUCCUGUGGUGUCGAAACCCACCGGGGGAAUACGCGUUGAUGUGUUAUCUUGCGUCGCCAGAAAAUGAACAGCCGUCGUUACGCUUGUUCUUCGAUCGCCAUGCUAAAUGCGUCACAGACUUUGAUGAUAAAACAAGUAGGGUAUACAACACGUGGGAGACGGAGUUCCACUGCACCUUCGUUCGGCUUGGGAAACCCGCUCGACCCAUUAACAGUGAAGACGCAAGCAGUAACCUCAAUGAAUCGCACAAGGAAGAAAGACGCCCAGAGCCUAUGCUGCAUUCGUCAAUUCGACCGCUGCCUGACCUUGGUGGCCAAGAGCUGAGACCCGCGUCAAUGGGCUUCAGGUUUCAUGGUGACUUCUUCGAUCGAUUUUGGACAUGCCAUUAUGUCGAGAGUUAUCUGGGAGAGCCGCCAAGGUUAGACAUGAACAAUUACCUGAGUAGCAAUGGUGAGGAACUCAAAAGACUUUUCCAAGAUAGCAGCGCGUACGUUUGGCAACAACGGAAGGUGCUUGAAACGCUGCUAUUCCACCUAAUCUUAUCGGAGAUCAACAAAAGUGUUCAGAAGAUCAUAAAAGCAAUCCAGGAAGAACUCAGUUCGGACCAACAUGGCAAAGAGAGGGUAAAGACGCCAAAACCUUCACAGUUCGACUCCGAGGUAUAUUUCAACGAUUUGAAAGCGUGGGCAGCAUUACAUGAAAUACUUGAGUUUCUAGGCGACAACCUGGAAAAUAUCUCGAAUAAUGUCAAAGGCUGGAACUCACGGGAGGAAGAUCGUCGGACUGAGAAACCUCGAUGGACAAACAACGAUGAAAAAAAGUACCGAGAUGCCAUCACUCGAGCUCUUCUCGAGUGUCAGAGGGCUGAGCGCGUACUAUUCGCCCACAGAGCUACAAUUCGCUCCCUCUCAAAGACAUUGAACUACCGUCGUGAGGAGGCAAAAAAUGAAUAUGACCGCAACAUGAGCGAACGCAACUUCCGUAACAAUGACAAUGUUAAGUACUUCACCUACUCGACCGUGAUCUUCUUGUCUCUGGGCUUUGCAGCCAGUGUCUACAGCAUGCAAGCUGCACCGCCUACAGAUGUUCUCCAACACAUGGUGAUCUUCUCUGUUGUUGCCUUCUUCACCCUUCUGGUCAUUAUUGCUAUCCUGCCCUUCUUACUUGAAGGGUCUUCGGGAUUUCGAAGAGUUUGUCGAGAAUUUGUACUGCAUGGAUUCCGAGGAUGUUGCCGAAACAUCUACCAAGAUUCUAAAGAUCUCCAUGGAUUUUGGAAGCUCUUCUAUACGAAAGUUCCGUACACGUUUUCCGACUUGUUUACCAUGCAGAUCCCCUCAUAUGUGCUUCUUCUCAAGGGUCAGAGUCUCAAUCCGGGAUCAUCCAACCGCAAGGAGCAUGCUAAGAAACAGAAACAACAAGCACCUAAGCCCGAGGAGUCUUUGGAUGGCAAUUCAAGAAAUACAUUAAAAAGAGAAACGAGAGACGAAUUGAAGUUUGACAAGUCCAAAGGUGAAUCAUGGGUUCAGUCAUGGAAUAGAAUAGUCGAGCCAUGGAACAAAAGCCUACGCGGUCAUAGAUAA